GCGAACGCAUGGCGGUAAAUAUUUAUUAUGAGAUUUGAAAAUUAAUGUUCAUAUAUUUUUUUUACAAUUGAUAAACCAUGAAUUCGGAACCUGUUGUGCUAAAUUUGAAUGAUAGCACACUUUGGGCACCUUAUAAAGAAUUAUUCAAUGUUAUUUAUAAUGCUAUUGGCCGAAAAGAUUCUUCUGCUGUGCAAGAUUUGGAAGUUGCAUUGAAGAGACAUAAACCUGAUUUUAUAUGCUUGCUAAGAAAUCCUCCAAGGAGUCCAAUACAUAGAGAUGCUGUUAAGCAAGCCUCAACUACUGGUAUUGCUGUUGUUGGCCGAACAGGUCUUCAGAUUUUGCCGCAAUCACUUAUAGAUGAAGCUCUUAUUAUAAGUGAUAUGUUUGACCUAAAUGAAUUGACAUCUUUAGAACUUUUAAUAUCAGGUCAGCAACAACAACCUCGUUUCCCUGGUUUGACUCGAGGAUUGGUUGCCAUGCUACUCUACUAUGAUGGCCGUCGGAAUUUGGUGAAUGCUCUUCAGCUUCUGGUGCAAGCUCGAGAAGGUCGAACUUGGACUUUAGGAAUCAGUUCUGAACUAUCAGCAAUUAUUAUGAAAUACACUGACCAACUCAAGGAAGAAGGAAUUGUUACAAAAAUUAUUGAUCUAAUAGAAAAAAUGGAUGUUACAAAAGAAUUGGAACUAUUGCAUAGGAAUCGUGCCUUAGGUGGGCCCAGAUAUCGAAAACAGGUUACAGAUUUAAUUUGUGAAAUUAAACAAACACUUGCUGAAAUUUUAUUUGGUUGGGCAUGUCAGGGAUCUUUCACUGAAGAAGAAGUGUCUCGUUUACUGUCAUUUCUUUCAAGGCAAACAGGUGUCAGCAGUGAUGGUAGUAUGGAUGAUGCUGCACUUACAUCUGCUAUGGCAUUUUUGUAUGUCAUUGAUGUCAGCAUUCUGCAGACUUCUGAUGAAAUGGAUGCUAUAAUUCAGAAAUUAAAUCUAGUUUGUGUGCCAGAUCUUGCUUCUACCAUCCAUCGGCAAUUAGUUUUGAAUUCUGACAAAUGGCAAAUGUCAGGGUUAAAAGCCAUUUUUCAACUGGCUUGGGGUGUCACACUAAGAACUUUAUCUCAGUUUCCUGUUGCCACUAUUGGCGGAAAUGUAGGUGAAUGUUUAGAGGAUGAUGAAAAGACCAUUGACAUUGCUAUUGAAGAUAAUGCUUUCCAAGCUCUAAGGAAUCUUGUUGUGAAGAAUUCUGUCUUUCAUGAACAAGAGUUUUUCUUGAAACGCAUUCAUAAUGUAAUUACAGAUUUUAUUGUUCUGAUGCCAAUUAAGGUGAAAGAGCUUAGGAAUCGAGGAGAUGAAGCUGCAAGAAUCAUUGCUUCUCAUUCACAAGAAGGUUUAGAACCUCCAACUAAUCUUCCAUUACAUUUUGAACAUUUAUUAAAUUUGAUUUCAAGUAUAUAUUGUAAAGAUCCAUUGAAUUUAAAAUUAGCAUCUGAAUUUUGGUGCCCCUCUGAGAGCUUGAUGGAACAAUCCUAUUUACAACGACCAUCCCAAAGACAGAUUGCUUUGUAUAAAUUUAUUCGGGUUGCCGGUGAUUUGUUGCCACCACCAUUGUUUGUUCCUUAUCAUCAGAUGUUGACAAGUUUAUCGAAUUCACCAGCUUGUGCUCAUAAUUGUUUUACAAUGUUGAAAAUGAAUGGCAGAAAUGGAUCUGGACAAGGUAGUAUUGUGUCAUGGGAUCAUUUCUUUGCUACCUUGCAUCGAUAUUAUAACAGUUUACAUGAAGAAGUUCCUUCUGCUUUAGAUAGGCAAUACACAUAUCCCCAAAGAAUGCAUUCAAAAGGAAUAACACCCCAAGAAGUCCAAGGACUUAUUGCUGUUCUCCAAUUGAUUUCUCAAGUUGUUCGGCUUGAUGAAAUUGCACGAAUUACUUUGGCUGAAAAUCCUCAGUUACCAACUGUUGUGAUAUUGGGCUUGGUGACAUGUAGCAUUCCAGCAACUCUGAAGGCUGCUCUUAUUAACUGCUUAGCUGCUUUUGCUGAAUCACCUGAAAUUGCUUUAAAUAUUUGGCAAGGAUUAGAGAUGGCACAGAUUAUACCUACUGUGAAAUCUCUUACUGUCUAUCAUCCUUCAGGAAUAUUGAUGGAAUUAGAAGAAGUGGAGACUCGAAUGGAAGAGUAUCCUGUGACCCGUGCUAUGCUGUCUCUCUUGGAUUCUCUUUUAAACCAUCCUUACCCAUCUAAUCUGGGUUCAGGGUCUCGUCAGCCUGGAAUCGAACCAUAUUUACAAUUUGUUAGAGAGUCUGUAUUACUUCGAUGCAAUUCAAGAGCAUAUAAAACAGGAGGAGAAAAAUGGAAAAUUAUGGCUUUAUGCUUUAAAAUCCUUGAAAAAGUCUUGAAAACGAGUAAUUUUCAGUCACCAAAUGCUGCUUCUAAAUCUAGUGUUGGAAUGUCAAUUUUAUCACAAAUGUUACAAGACAGUGGAUUAUUGAGAACUGUACUUUUUAUUUUGGAUGAAGGAGUAAGAGUCUUGGAUCAAUAUGCUUCUGUUCCAGGCCAGUCCAAUUUAGAAGAAUGUACACUGUUAGCUUUGAAGUUAGUUCAAGCCACUUUAAUCAAACAAGAGCCUUUCUUGCAGCAAGUACGUGACAGUGGUUUUGAUUUGCUUGUUACAUCUCUUGAGAACUUACUAUUAAAUAUAAACCCUAGAAGUGGCCAAGCUGAUCAUCUGCUUGUGAUUGCCAAGUAUGUCACAUAUAAUGCUUUCAUACCUAAACAUAGUUUGUAUUCCAUAACCAUCUUGUAUGCCUUAUGCACUUCUAUUCAAAUAUCUCAACAUUUAGUUGGAGUAUUUGAUAGUGACUCGAUUGAGAGUGAAAUAUUGUUAAAAGGGUUUGUUGAAAUGCUUGAAGUAGAUGCUUCUGGAGACGAAGAUGAGUCUGAAGAUACCACUAUUCAAACAAGAAAUAAAGCACGACAACAGUUGCUCCAGUUAAUUUUAAAAUGUCUUAGGCAACCUGGUCCUAAUUUAUCUCAUUACUUGUUAGGCUUUAAUUUGAGAAAGCCUAUUUCUCAAACAGAAAUACAAGAACCUGGUGUAAUGGGAUCCAAACGCACAUGUCUCCAUGCUAUUUUAUCUUUCUUGGAUUCUGGAAGCUAUUCUAACACGUGUCCUUCAAAUGUUUACAAUGCACCUCGAUCAGCUGAAUUUGCUUAUCAGUUGAUUUAUGUAUUGUGCACUAAUAAUGAUACAUCUGGAUCCACUUUAAGAUAUCUGAGGUCUACUCAUGAUUUUCUUUUCCGCCAUCUCCAGUUUUUGCCGUUCAAAUUUGCUGGUAACAAUGAUAUAAAGAUUCUUCGGCAGCAGUCUUGGUUAUUGCGAACAUUAGCUGUUGAACUGAGAAUCACAUCUGCUCACCAUCAACGCUCGCAUGUACAGCGUCUACUAAGCAGUCUCCUGGAUGAUAAACCUCCCAUAGAAAGUGGUACUUUAGAUGCUAGCUUAGAGCCAUCAUUUGGAAUUUCGAAUAUCUCUUCAUAUUCUUUUAUGAAGCCUACUUCUGGUACAUCUCGGAGGAAAUUAAUGCAAAUUUUAGAUCAUAUAAGUUUUCAACAUUCUUUGCCUAUAAUACCUGGUUGGGAAUAUUUUGAAAAUGCUGAAGUUGAGCGUGUUUUAAAAGAAUGUGAGAUACAAGAACCAGACUGUCCACGUUUAAUUGAUGUGGAGGAAUUACACAAUAGACUUUCAGAAGAAACAAUAGGAUUGCAAAAUGCUUCUUUUCUUGGGCAAAGACCAGUCAUGAUGCAGGAAAUUUCAAAGGUUUUAGAAUAUGCUGUAAGUUGUAAUGAAGCUCGUGAGUCUAUCUUUGCUAAAAGAUUAUUAUUUGAUGCUUGGAGACAAGUGACAGAAGUUCUGCUUAUUGCAUGUCCUUUGGAAAUGCUUGGUACAGAAAAGAAGGAUCAAAUGGUACUUGAAGUAUCACAAGAAUUAUUAACCAAAAUAAUGCAACCAGAUGUAUUACCAGAACUUAUGCCACCUGCUUCAGGUGUUAUCCUAACACUGAUGUCAACGUUACGUCAUAGCAUGGUUGCCUCCUUAUUAAAACCUGUCAAUCAAUCUUUGUCAUCCAUCAACAACAACACUUUUGAUCCUCAUGUUGCUGAGGCUUCUAUGAUCCCACUUACUCAUCAUUCUUCAUUACUUGCUGUUUUGAGAGCUGUUAUAGACUGUUUGCUCAAGACUGGAACUGGUUUCCAGAGAGUGAGAGCUAAUUUCUACAGUGCAUUUUUAAAUUUAUUGUGUAUUGUUCAGAAACCUCAGGAUAUUCAAGCUUCAACACCAAAGGGAGUUGCUUCCUCAAUUUUAGAUCAGGAAUCUGAAGCUAAGAAACUACGUACUGAGUAUAUGGAGGUAAUUCUCAGUUCUGGAGAAACCAUAACGGAAAUAAUUUGCAGAGAUGCUUGCACUGGACAUGAUAUUACCAAGAUGUUGUCCUUAGCUGUUCUUGAUGUUGUUGUCUCAUUAGAUACUCAACAACAGUGGCUAGCAUUCUUAGUUUCCAAAGGCUAUUUGAGGCAUAUUUUAGACAGUUUGUCUAAGGAUGAUGAAGAAUUGCAAAAUCUUUUUAAUAGGAAUUCAAACACUUUCAGAAUAUUUUAUGUUUUUGAAUCCAAAAUGGCAUUAUUGACCAGAAUUAGCUCCUCUACAAAUGGUGCUUUAUCUUUAUUAAGAAAUGGUGCUAUUCAUAGACUUGCUGAAUGCAGAGCAUUAGAUUUAAGACCUGAUUUACCAAGUGAAUUCAAACAAGACAGUAGUAAUUGGAUAUAUCCUGAUCUUUUAAAAUGUUAUCGCCAAAUGUUCAUGGCCAUCAUGAAAUUAAUUUUAUCAAUUGCAAUGACUUUGGGCUCUGGUCAUAGAGAGGCUACUUUACAGUUGUUAGAGUUUGUGGUUUGCAAUGGAGAACUCUUUUCUCAUGUGAUUCGUGAUCCAUCUAAUUUGUAUAGUCUUGAGGCAUUGGAGGAAUUAAGUGUUAUAUCUGCGGUUUUAUCUCGUGCCAGCUUUGAUGAUCCCAAUACAUUAACUGGGGAUACUUUCUUGAGUGAACAGAGAGGGCAUCUGUUAUUAUUAAGACAACAUAUGAUGAUGCUAAUACCUAGACUCAUGGCCAUUGAAAGUUCUGAAACUUCUCAUCAAAAUUUAGGAGUUAAUAAUAAUCCUGAAGUUUUAGCUCGCAUGAAAAUGCUACGUCUUCAGAUUGCAUCCCAUGUUCUUGGUUCAUGUUGCAAUGUCAUUACAAAAUCUGGAAUUGAUAUGCAGAACUCUACUAUUCUUUUUGGACCUUAUAUUGCUGAAGCUUCUACUUCAGAUUCAUUUAAUUUAGCUCCUUCAAGCUUUCAAAAAAGGUUACCAUUGAGUAUUGGUCGUUCACCUGAUUUAGGCCUACUGAUUACUCUUCUAUACAGAUCAGCUUCAGAGUUACAAAUCAGCAUUGAUGAACAGAAAGUUCUCACCCACAGACUUCAAACUCUUUCAACUCUAACAAGCGAUGAACUUGCAGAAUAUCUUACAUCUACAACUUCUGAAGAGCAGCCAACUGUUCAGCAUCAGCGGGAGUUUGUAAGAGCAUCUCUUCAAAAAUUGAUUAAAUACAAAACUAAAGAAAUAUCAAUUUUGUCAUAUAUGAUUGAAACAGCAGCUUUUAUUCUUCUCAAAUAUUUAGAAUUCUUUUUCAUAACAUGUAAAAAGGAAAAUCUUCCAUUCUCUGUAUCCGAUAAAUCUCACCAGCAAAUUCGCCGUCUCCAAGAUCCAGGGUCUGUUAGUCCUCUUAGCCCACAAAAUGCCAGAAAUAAAUUUCAGGAGCAGCCAAAAUCUAUUCCUUCUCAGUUUGACUUUGAAAGCUUUAAAAAUGAUGUCAAAACAACAUUAGGUGACCCCUUCUUUAGAAAAAUGAAAUCAGUUGAACAGCUACUGGGCCAAGGCAGAAAUCAAACAAGCUUUUUAGAAGCUAUUGUAAAUCGCUUGAAAAGAUUAGUGAAAAUUCAAAUUAGAUGAAAAAAAUCUUGUUACUUAAAGAAAAUAUAUUAAGUGAUCCGUAAUUAUACCAGCUUUAUGAUGAACUUGAUUAUUUAUUCUGGACUAUAAAAAAAAGUUAUGAAUGCCUUUGCUAUUCAAUAUAUGAUAUAGUUUUGAAAAUUUGUAUUUGAUAUUGAUUUUUAUUGUAAAAUAAAUAUUUUUACAUAU